UCUGUCGGGUGCAUCCCGUUGAUACGAUGAUCACUAAGACACGGCAUCGUCUGCCACGAAAUGCACGAUUGCGUAGUGAAGUCGUUCAUUGGUUAGCCGGAUGUCACGUGACACGCCAGACCUGUCAGACUGACCUGGGAUUUUGAAGGGAUACCAAGCUAAACUGCUAAAUAUGCCGGGAACAAUUUAUGGAAUUAGCGACCUCGAUGCUGGUGCAGUUGCAGAGACGCUCCGCAAUGCCAUGUCGGGAUUUGGCACGGAUGAGGACCAGGUGCUGGUGACAGUCUCCAAUCUGUCCAACGAGCAGAGGCAGGAAGUAGCCACCGCCUUUAAGCAGGCGUAUGGAAAGGAUCUAAUCGACGACCUGAAGUCGGAACUCCGCGGAGACUUUGAGGAGGUUGUUGUCGCAGCCAUGGCGCCCCCGCGAGCGCUUGAUGCUCGCCAGAUACACUACGCCAUAUCAGGUGCAGGGACGGAUGAAACAACGAUCGUAGAAAUCAUGUGCACAAGAAGCAAUGACGAAAUAAACCAAAUAAAAGAGAUUUAUAAAGAAGAGUUUGAGAGUGAGCUGGAGGACGACCUGACCGGCGACACGAGCGGCUACUUCCAGAGGAUGUUUGUGUCGCUGUGUGCUGGGGGCAGGGAGGAGGGUGAGGACGUCGACGACGAAAAGGCGACUGAAGAUGCUCAGAAGUUCCAUGACGCGGGCGAGGGCUGCUGGGGGACCGAGGAGGCGGAGUUUAACGCCGUGUUGUGUCUGAGGAGCCAAGCCCAGAUCCGGGCAACUAUUGAGAAGUAUGAGGAACUGCACGGCUCCACCAUGGAGGACGCCAUCAGGAGCGAGUGUGGAGGAGACCUUCAGAACGGGUUUCUGGCUAUAGUUGAAGCCGCAAAGAACACACCCGCCUACUUUGCCCGUAGAGCACACGAUGCAAUGGCUGGACUUGGGACUAGCGAUAAUGACCUGAUCCGAGUGAUCGUCUCCAGAAGUGAGGUGGACCUGGAGGAGGUGAAGGAGGCCUACCAGAACAUGUACGAGACGACCCUGUCCGAGGCUGUUGCCAGUGAGUGCGGAGGAGACUACAAGAAGAUGCUUUUAAACCUCAUUGAUCCUCAGUAUUAACGUGCUGUGCAAUACCGUCAGCAUACAACACGUUCUUUUUCUUCUUCUCGCAACAGUGACUGUUUCAUAGGCUUUGGAUAUCUGUUUCAUAGGCUUUGGAUAUCACAUAGUAAUCCACAUCUCUACAUCCACUUGGACUGAUUGUUCCGACCUGAUGGGUAGUGAACAUCGCAAUGGUGACCAGCCAUGGAUCCAUGGUCUUGUAUUCAGGAGACUACUGAUAGCCAAAGGUCAUCUAUCUUUUACAGUCGUCAUGGUAACGAGUACAUCGAGUGGUGUUUUCGUGAUCUGGGUCCACUUGCACAAAGCGACCUUAGCGCUGAGACUAUCGUAAGCCUGUGUUAAAGUAUGGGAGUUACGAUCACCUUAGCGCUACGAUCGCUUUGUUCAAGUGGGCCCUGGGCAGCCCGGGAUAAAGGCUAAUAUUUUGAAAGUGAAUAAAGUAUAAAUGCUUUUACUAAAUUUGGAGUGCCAAGUCGUUAGAACUAGCCAAUUGAUUUUCAAUUCAUUUGUAUUUGUGUAGAUUCACUACAGUUGUAUGAAGUAGUCACAUGCUCUAUUUUGUUGUUAAGACUCACAAUUUGGGACACCAGCUUCCAGUUGGAUGUGCUAAUGCUGUUGCAAUCAUGUUUUAAUCAGGUCAUAUGUUUGAAUAUUCUUGUAUUUUCCAACAUUUCUAGCCAUUUUCUGAAGAAUUAGUACAACAGCGCUGUGUUUUUGUGAGCGUGUAUGGACACUGGUGCUGGGGUGGGUACAGUGCAGGUAUUCUGAUGCUUACCUGUACCAGGACGUCAUGGAUCGUUGCUGGUUUCACAUCUAAUAUAGCUUACACGCCAAUAUUGUUAUUGUUCAAAUAAACGCUCGCCUUUUUCAUUGGUGAAUGUAUAUUCAUAAAGAGAAUAAGGGACUUGUCAUUUAUUAUACUGGGUUGAAAUGAAAUACAACACAUCGGAAGAGCAAGUUGGCCACAAUCUAUCACAACUAUGAGUAAAUAAUGACAGUUUUAUUUGUUGACGGUCUGGUCGUUUUUGAGGAGCAAAAUGUGAUACAGUCCUGAAACCAAUCACACCUGUAUUGUAUGACCAGUCCCUAAGACCCGGACACCUGAUUAUAUAUGUAAUCUGUUGUGCCAUGAAGGAUCCCUGUUAUCUCUCUCAAGGAUUACUUGUGUGUAACGACAUGGUGUGGGGUACAGGUGUUAGUACUAUCACUAGCCGUUAAUUUCGUAGCCCAAACAUGUUCAUUUUUACUGUCGAACAUCCAUCCACUGGGUAUGCAUUUUCGCUACGUCAGCAGUUCUGUUUUCUGUGUUGUUUGAGAACAACAAAAUUAAACAAAGUUGUUGUGUUUUGUUCAAGAAAAAAUGACAAUUUGUAAUGGUGUUUAUAGGAACUUUGAAUGUGAUCUUAAAAGGAGAAACACUGCACCACAAGAUACAUGUGCAUUGUUGCAUACCCAGCGUCCAGUCUUAUAGCCUGAAUAUAUAGAAUAUCUAGACUAGAUUGGCAUUUGAGUGAGUGAGUAUGAUUUUACGCCGCCUUUAGCAAUAUUCCAGCAAUAUCGCGGCGGGGGACACCAGAAAUGGGCUUCACACAUUGCUCCGAUUUGGGUCUUCAGCGAGACUAGCGAACGCUUUAACCACAAGGCUAUCCCAUCGCUGGAAUGUUCGUGCGAAGACAAUUACUGCUAAUCGUCAUCAUUCAAAGUGCAAUGGACUGAGGUUCCACAAUUUGCUGUGCAAAGAGGCGUUCAUUGGUCGUGCUAGGAAUCGAUGGCAGUUGGUUCGAUCCCAAGGUUGUCCUGAUCAUAUCCCCGGUCUGUCGGAACCCUACCUGUCGUACCGGUCAGACUAAUCUGUACCGAUUCACUUCUUUUUUAAGGAAGUCUCACCUUGUUACUGUUUUCACUCAGGAUGCAAGGUAUCCGGCUCAAGUUGUAUCCCAAAACAGUAUUCAGUUUGUCAUGAAUAAAGGGUUACCUUACUGUAUCGCAACAGCAAAUGCGUUUCAAUAAAAAAAUACACAAUUGUUUAGAAUAUUAAAUCUUUUUAACAUC